GGUACCGGCGCUCGGCUUUGCGCCUGGCCUUUCCCGCGAGCCGAUCCCACUUCUUUCCCGCCCGCUGUGCCUGUGUGCGCGGCUGCGUCCCCUCCCUGAGUGACUCGAAGUCGAGAGGGCGGAAGGAAGCCUCGACCAGGCCAGUACCAACCACAGGGCAGUCAGUGACCCAGACUCGCAGUAUAGCUUAGCUCCCGGCAGCCCUGUCACCUGUCCUAGUUUACGCCCGCAAGUUAACGAACUCUUUGCGUGUGUGUCUACUACGCCGGACGGUGUGUGGAAGGAGCCGGGAUAUCCUGCAGUCAGCUUGGUGAUCUGAUGACCAGGAGCAUUUUCUAAUUCAGAAGCGAACAUCGUGCCAUUCACCCCCCCCCGCCCCCAUCGAUUUCAGGAUGACUUCCAUCUUGACUUAUACUUUUAAAAACCUUCCCAGUACAUCAAAAUGGGCCCUCCGAUUUUGUGUAAGACCUCUGAGCUGUUCCUCCCAGCUACGAGCAGCCCCAGCUGUCCAGACCAAAUCAAAGAAGACCUUAGCUAAACCCAAUCUAAGAAAUAUUGUGGUAGUAGAUGGUGUUCGGAUUCCGUUUUUGCUAUCAGGCACUUCAUAUAAAGACUUGAUGCCACAUGAUUUGGCUAGAGCAGCACUUUUGGGUUUGUUGCAUCGAACCAACGUCCCAAAGGAAGUUGUUGAUUAUAUCAUCUUUGGCACAGUUAUUCAGGAAGUGAAAACAAGCAAUGUGGCUAGAGAGGCGGCCCUUGGAGCUGGCUUCUCUGACAAGACUCCUGCCCACACUGUCACCAUGGCUUGCAUCUCCUCAAACCAGGCCAUGACCACAGCUGUUGGCUUGAUUGCUUCUGGCCAGUACGACGUGGUCUUGGCUGGUGGUGUCGAGUUAAUGUCUGACGUCCCUAUUCGUCACUCAAGGAAAAUGAGGAAGAUGAUGCUUGAUCUCAGUAGAGCCAAGACUCUGGGCCAGCGACUGUCUUUGCUCUCUAAAUUCAGACUGAAUUUCCUGUCACCUGAGCUUCCUGCAGUGGCUGAGUUCUCCACCAGCGAGACCAUGGGCCACUCUGCGGACCGACUGGCUGCUGCCUUCGCAAUUUCUAGGCUGGAGCAGGAUGAGUAUGCACUGCGGUCUCACAGUCUGGCCAAGAAGGCGCAGGACGAAGGACUCCUUUCUGACAUUGUCCCCUUCAAGGUACCAGGAAAGGAAACAGUUAGCAAAGAUAACGGCAUCCGUCCUUCCUCGCUGGAGCAGAUGGCCAAGCUAAAACCUGCAUUCAUCAAGCCCUACGGCACGGUGACAGCUGCAAAUUCUUCUUUCCUGACCGAUGGUGCUUCUGCGAUGCUCAUUAUGUCGGAGGACAAAGCUCUGGCCAUGGGAUAUAAGCCAAAGGCAUAUUUGAGGGAUUUUGUGUAUGUGUCCCAGGAUCCAAAAGAUCAGCUUUUACUCGGGCCAACGUAUGCUACUCCAAAAGUUCUAGAAAAGGCAGGAUUAACCAUGAGUGAUAUUGAUGUUUUUGAAUUUCAUGAAGCCUUCUCAGGUCAGAUUUUGGCUAAUUUUAAAGCCAUGGAUUCUGACUGGUUUGCACAAAACUACAUGGGCAGGAAAACCAAGGUUGGAGCUCUUCCUUUAGAGAAGUUUAAUGCCUGGGGUGGAUCGCUGUCCCUGGGGCACCCAUUCGGAGCCACUGGCUGCCGCUUAGUCAUGACAGCUGCCAACAGGCUACGGAAGGAGGGAGGCCAGUUCGGCCUGGUGGCCGCCUGUGCAGCUGGAGGCCAGGGCCAUGGUAUGAUAGUGGAAACUUACCCAAAGUGAUGGAUCCGGAGGAGGUGACCACGUUUCUGUGCAGCACUCGCACUGGGCAAUGCCAUUUCAAUGCAUUACUAAACGACACCUGUAGUCCUAGCUCCUUUUAGGAGAACAUUUGUGGCCUUCUGUUAAACACUUUGCAAUUAAGCCUUUCCAGUGUUCUCAGCUUUUCAGUAAUCACAGCUUCCUGUACUUUCAGGGAUUUCUAAGUUUCCAGAAUAUCAUACAGAUAUAUUUAACCAGUUGCUUUUGAUCUCUUGUCAUCAAAGACUGAAUGAAUGGUUGCAUUUUAGGAAAGGUUAACUGAGAUCUGAAGUCAUCUUUGUAACAUUUGCAAAUUACAUUUGUUCUUAUCUGUGUCCUGAAAAUACACAUUUCUCUAAAAUAUAAACCAAUGUGCCUAAAUUAACUAAUUAUGGAAAAAUAAAUCAAUCUAAAUAUCAUGAAAAACUUAAGUAUUUAAAUACACAAAUAUCUUAUUGGUCAACCUUAAUAAAGUAGAGAAGUACUGGAGAACUGUUUGCCUUAUUUUAUAAGGAAGAGAAGGUUGUUCUCCUGGUGAAGGGGCAGAGUUUACCUUUAACUGCGUAUUUGUAACUUCCAGCCAUUUCAGUCAGCCAUGAAGAUGCUAGGAAUAUAAGGAGUGUCCUGCUUUAGAAUACACCCCCCCCAUUUGCUUUGAUUGAAGUACAUUUAUUUCAUUGUUUGGAGUUGCUUCUGUUUGGUAGGUUUUAAUGAAAUAUAAAAUAAGUUUUUUCUUUGGA